CUCUCUCUCUUUCUCUGUUCAUCUCUCUCUCUCUGUUCAUCUCUCUCUCUUCUUUCUAAUAUAUGGCCGGCUUAGACUUAGGUUCUUCAUCAUCUCGAUUCAUCCAACAACAUCACCAACAAAAUCGCCCAAACCUAGAAGAUGACUAUAAUCAUUCCAACCCUUUCUCCGCCGGAGCCGGCGGCGACGAUACCGACAACAACCACCAACCCGGACCAGGCGAUAUCGUCGGCCGACGACCACGUGGUCGUCCGGCCGGUUCCAAAAACAAACCAAAACCACCGGUAAUCAUCACAAGAGAAAGCGCCAACACACUCCGGGCCCACAUCCUUGAAGUAACCGCCGGUUGCGAUGUUUUCGAAUCGGUUGCAAACUACGCCCGACGCCGUCAAAGAGGAAUAUGUGUUUUAAGUGGAAGUGGGAUGGUGACAAAUGUAAAUCUCCGGCAACCUUCUGGCGGCGGCGCUGCUACUCUUCAAGGGAGAUAUGAGAUCUUGUCUUUAUCUGGGUCUUUCUUACCGCCGCCGGCUCCUCCCGGAGCAACAAGUUUGACUAUUUAUCUGUCGGGAGGACAAGGUCAGGUUGUCGGAGGAAAUGUUGUCGGAGCUUUGAUUGCAUCGGGUCCGGUUAUUGUGAUUGCUGCUUCGUUUACAAACGUGGCUUAUGAAAGACUUCCUCUUGAGGAUGAAGAUGAUCAGACGGUGGAGGAUCAUCAGAUUCAUUCGGCCGGUGCCGGAGCUGGCGGCGGAGGCGGCGGUGGUGGUAGCUUAGGUGGGGGGUUUCAUGAUCCUUCAUCCGGGUUACCCUUUUUGAACUUACCUAUGAAUAUGGGUACGGGUCUUGAUGGAUGGGCAGGUGUUCGCCCGCCUCCGUUUUGA